AUGGAGGGCGACGCGGAGGCCGUGAAGUCGGGGAGGCGCGGCGGCGGGCAGGUGUGCCAGAUCUGCGGCGACGGCGUGGGCACCACCGCGGAGGGGGACGUUUUCGCCGCCUGCGACGUCUGCGGGUUCCCCGUCUGCCGCCCCUGCUACGAGUACGAGCGCAAGGACGGCACCCAGGCGUGCCCGCAGUGCAAGACCAAGUACAAGCGCCACAAGGGUAGCCCAGCGAUCCGUGGGGAGGAAGGCGAUGAUACCGAUGCCGAUGAUGCCAGUGACUUCAACUACCCUGCAUCUGGCAAUGAUGACCAGAAGCAGAAGAUUGCUGACAGGAUGCGCAGCUGGCGCAUGAAUGCUGGGGGCAGCGGGGAUGUUGGCCGCCCCAAGUAUGACAGUGGCGAGAUCGGGCUCUCCAAGUAUGAUAGUGGUGAGAUCCCUCGAGGAUACAUCCCGUCGGUGACAAACAGCCAGAUCUCAGGAGAAAUUCCUGGAGCUUCCCCUGAUCAUCAUAUGAUGUCCCCUACUGGGAACAUUGGCAAGCGCGCUCCGUUUCCCUAUGUGAAUCAUUCAUCAAAUCCGUCGCGGGAGUUCUCUGGUAGCAUUGGAAAUGUUGCCUGGAAAGAGAGAGUUGAUGGCUGGAAAAUGAAACAGGAUAAAGGAACAAUUCCCAUGACUAAUGGCACCAGCAUUGCUCCCUCUGAGGGGCGGGGUGUUGGUGACAUUGAUGCAUCUACAGAUUACAACAUGGAAGAUGCCUUACUGAAUGAUGAAACUCGACAGCCUCUAUCCAGAAAAGUGCCGAUUCCUUCCUCCAGGAUCAAUCCUUACAGAAUGGUCAUUGUGCUGCGAUUGGUUGUUCUAAGCAUCUUCCUGCACUAUCGUAUCACAAAUCCUGUGCGCAAUGCAUACCCGUUAUGGCUUCUAUCUGUUAUAUGUGAGAUUUGGUUUGCUCUUUCCUGGAUAUUGGAUCAGUUCCCAAAGUGGUUUCCAAUCAACCGUGAGACUUACCUUGAUAGAUUGGCAUUAAGGUAUGACCGUGAAGGUGAGCCAUCUCAGUUGGCUGCUGUUGACAUCUUUGUCAGUACAGUCGACCCAAUGAAGGAGCCGCCUCUUGUCACUGCCAAUACUGUUCUAUCAAUUCUUGCUGUGGAUUACCCUGUCGAUAAGGUCUCUUGCUAUGUAUCUGAUGAUGGAGCUGCAAUGCUGACAUUUGAUGCACUAGCUGAGACUUCAGAAUUUGCUAGAAAAUGGGUACCAUUUGUUAAGAAGUACAACAUUGAGCCUAGAGCUCCUGAAUGGUACUUCUGCCAGAAAAUUGAUUACUUGAAGGACAAAGUCCACCCUUCAUUUGUUAAAGACCGCCGUGCCAUGAAGAGAGAAUAUGAAGAAUUUAAAGUUAGGAUAAAUGGCCUUGUUGCUAAGGCACAGAAAGUUCCUGAGGAAGGAUGGAUCAUGCAAGAUGGCACACCAUGGCCAGGAAACAAUACCAGGGACCAUCCUGGAAUGAUUCAGGUUUUCCUUGGUCACAGUGGUGGCCUUGAUACUGAGGGCAAUGAGCUUCCCCGUUUGGUCUAUGUUUCUCGUGAGAAGCGUCCUGGAUUCCAGCAUCACAAGAAAGCCGGUGCCAUGAAUGCUCUUGUUCGUGUGUCAGCUGUGCUUACCAAUGGACAAUACAUGUUGAAUCUUGAUUGUGAUCACUACAUCAACAACAGCAAGGCUCUCAGGGAAGCUAUGUGCUUCCUUAUGGAUCCUAACCUAGGAAGGAGUGUCUGCUAUGUUCAGUUUCCACAAAGGUUCGAUGGUAUUGAUAGGAAUGAUCGAUAUGCCAACAGGAACACCGUGUUUUUCGAUAUUAACUUGAGGGGUCUUGAUGGCAUUCAAGGACCAGUUUAUGUGGGAACUGGUUGUGUUUUCAAUAGAACAGCUCUAUAUGGUUAUGAGCCCCCAAUUAAGCAAAAGAAGAAGGGUGGUUUCUUGUCAUCACUAUGUGGUGGCAGGAAGAGGGCAAGCAAAUCCAAGAAGAAGGGCUCAGACAAGAAAAAGUCACAGAAGCAUGUGGACAGUUCCGUGCCAGUAUUCAAUCUUGAAGAUAUAGAGGAGGGAGUUGAAGGUGCUGGAUUUGAUGAUGAGAAAUCACUUCUUAUGUCUCAAAUGAGCUUGGAGAAGAGAUUUGGACAAUCCGCAGCUUUUGUUGCCUCCACUCUGAUGGAAUAUGGUGGUGUUCCUCAGUCUGCAACUCCAGAAUCUCUUCUGAAAGAAGCUAUUCAUGUCAUAAGUUGUGGCUAUGAGGACAAGACUGAAUGGGGAACUGAGAUUGGGUGGAUCUAUGGUUCUGUGACAGAAGAUAUUCUUACUGGAUUCAAGAUGCAUGCACGAGGCUGGCGGUCAAUUUACUGCAUGCCUAAGCGGCCAGCUUUCAAGGGAUCUGCUCCCAUCAAUCUUUCAGAUCGUCUGAACCAAGUGCUCCGGUGGGCUCUUGGUUCUGUGGAAAUUCUUUUCAGCCGGCAUUGCCCCUUAUGGUAUGGCUAUGGAGGACGCCUUAAGUUCUUGGAGAGAUUUGCUUACAUCAACACUACCAUUUACCCACUCACGUCUAUCCCACUUCUCGUAUACUGUGUUCUGCCUGCCAUCUGUUUGCUCACUGGGAAGUUCAUCAUCCCAGAGAUUAGCAACUUUGCUAGUAUUUGGUUCAUCUCUCUCUUUCUUUCAAUUUUCGCCACCGGUAUCCUCGAGAUGAGGUGGAGUGGUGUUGGCAUUGAUGAGUGGUGGAGGAAUGAACAAUUCUGGGUUAUUGGAGGUAUCUCUGCCCAUCUUUUCGCCGUCUUCCAGGGUCUUCUCAAGGUGCUUGCUGGCAUCGACACCAACUUUACUGUCACGUCAAAGGCCUCUGAUGAAGAUGGUGACUUUGCGGAGCUCUACAUGUUCAAGUGGACAACCCUUCUCAUCCCACCAACAACCAUCUUGAUCAUCAACCUGGUCGGUGUUGUUGCUGGUAUCUCCUACGCUAUCAACAGCGGUUACCAAUCAUGGGGGCCGCUCUUUGGCAAGCUCUUCUUCGCCUUCUGGGUGAUUGUUCACUUGUACCCAUUCCUGAAGGGUCUCAUGGGCAGGCAAAACCGCACCCCAACCAUCGUGGUUGUCUGGGCAAUUCUUCUUGCUUCGAUCUUCUCCUUGCUGUGGGUUCGCAUUGAUCCUUUCACCACCCGUGUCACUGGCCCAGAUACUCAAACAUGUGGCAUCAACUGCUAGGAACGUGGAAGAUUGUAGAAACAGAGAAAUACCACGAGCCGUGUUUUUGAGAAUACGAAAAUGCCACUGCCACCAAUUGUCUGUUAAGUUAUAAUGAGGUGGCGCUAUUUACAGCUACGUACAGACCAAGGGGAUAUUGUUUAUCAGAAAGUUACUUGUGUUGAUAUGCAUUCUUUUGUUCAUAAGUUAUACUACUUUGUGGAGAGUGGCUGACAGACGAGUUUUGUAAUGUUAUGAAGAACAAGAAAAUAAGAUAGUUUGCAUUCUUUUAAAUUUCGUCAAGUUUA